UAUUUGGAAACCCAACACAAUCUUAUUGGACACACUGUACGACUACAGAUCUCACACUUUUGGAUCAGAAAACCAAAAUAAACAAUGGUCAGUCGGUUAUUAACUCACCAUUGAGCAGGUCAGCGUUGUGGCAUUUUUGUUUCGUGCAGCUGUAGCUAAAUUGGUCAUUCGUUAUUUUUGGCAUCGUCACAAAUUUUCGUAUUGAAUUCGUAAUCGAAGUGAAAUUAUCUGUUAAGUCAAAGAAAAUAAAAACAACAACAUAAUGCAUGCAUUUCCGGAGGUGUGGUCAAGAUCAAUUAAAAUAGCAUUCAUAUUUAUUGUGCUGAAUAUAAUUUUGACAAAUGUUUAUGUACCAGUGGCGUGUGCUCCUCCUGAGUCUAGAGAGGUGAAUGGCACUACCGAUGACGUUUGUGUUCAUACGCUAAAGGCACCAUCCGGCUUCUUUAAACGUCACUUUGAUAAAUCAUUUUUAAAGAAAUUCUUCAAACACUGGAUACCGUUUGUCAGCAAUGAUCGCGUCAAAAUGCAAUUCUUUCUUUAUAAACGUGACUUUCCCGAAUGUGGUCGUGAAAUAGUUACAGACGAUGUUGAUAGUGUUACGCGGUCAGGUUUCAAUGCUGAUCAUCCAACGCGAAUUAUCAUUCAUGGCUGGAUGAGUCAAAGUAAAGGAUCUUUUAACAGAGCUGUCAAAAAUGCUUACAUGUCGCUAGCACGGCCAACAAUUUAUUACAACAUCAGCAGCGAAAUGACCAUUUCACCAUUGAGUCACCUCGAGGCAUACAAUGUAACGGGUCCAAUAUUAGAUAGUAACGAUGGCAACGACACAGAUUUCAAUGUAAUAGUCGUCGAUUGGAGUGUUAUCUCUUCGAAUGUAAAUUACUUUGGAGUGGUUGACUUAAUAGAAGACUUGGGAUUCCUCCUCGCGGAAUUCAUGAGAUUUUUACACUUGAAAGAAAAUUUAUAUUUUGGUGAUGUAUAUCUAAUUGGACAUUCAUUGGGCGCACAAAUAGCUGGUAGUGCUGGCAAACAAAUUCAUCCAUUUCGCAUAAAUACCAUAUUCGCUUUGGACCCGGCGGGGCCGAAAUUUCGUGAUAUCAAUGAUAAUAAGCGCCUUGAUCCUUCCGAUGCAGAUUAUGUGGAAUCGAUUCAGACAAGCAGCAGUUUGGGUUUUGAAGAUCCAGUUGGCCAUGCAACUUUUUACCCCAACUUUGGCAAAGAUCAGAAGAAAUGCUAUAUAUAUGGCUGCUCCCAUUCUAGAGCUUAUAAUUAUUUUGCCGAAUCCAUUACGAGUGAGAAAGGUUUUUGGGGUACAUUGUGUCAGAGGCAGUCGGAUAAAGAAUGGAUCUUAUCGACAUCUGGUGUGGAGUUUAAAAUGGGCGGAGAACCGUCAACGCCGAAAAGAGGUACCUUCUACGUUAAAACUAAUGGUGAACCACCUUAUGCCUUGGGCCGUCGAAAACCAAAAGAGACAAAUGAAAAUCUAGAAACUAAUAAUGAUGUACUUUAAUUUUUUUUUUAGAUUUUUUUUAAAUUUAGUUAUGGACGAGUAACACAUACGAGUAUUCAUUAAUUUAUUUUAGAAUAAUAUACUUUAAUGCUAUGUUUACUUUAGAACUUUUUCUAGGGUUAACCUAGUUUAAGAGGAUUUAUAUGAAGUAUAAAGGUGAGAAUACGUAAAACGCUUUUUUGACUGGAUUAAGUCAUCGACUGGCGUCUUCGGAACUAAAAUCGAACUAAGUCAAACUGAAGCUCUUUUGUUCAUAGAAGUAUAAAGAUGGGACAAGACAGAGCCAAGAUAUGGCAACCCUGUGAAAAUACCUCUGUUGUUAUGAUAUCGUAACAACAUAGUUACACUGCCUUUACACGGUGACAUUUUUUAACCAUGCCAUUUUUUUUGUUGGUAAAAGGUGUUGAGAGACAAGGAUAGAAGAAAAAAUGGCACGAUAAGCCACCGCAUAGGGUUUCAUGCCAUUUUCUUUGCAUUUCUCUUUUUGCUUCUUCCAAUUUUUUAUGAUUUUGACAUUUCAUAUCGUUUCUUUAUUGUAAUUUUUGAUGCGUUUCUUUUAUUGUGAUGUGAUGUUUUUAGUGAUUGAAUUGUAUAAUGAAUUAUAUGAAAAUUAAUUGGAAGUAUUAAAAAGUAAAAAAAGAAAGUUAAAAUAAAAGUUAAUAAUGCAAUAUUUAACACCUCAAUAACUUUUUCCAUCAUUUCUUCUUUAGAUUCACACAUUUAAUUUUAAAUCACUUCUUUAUAAAUAUCUGUUACAAACAAUUAGCUCUAUACGAAAUACUGAAUAAAAUAAAAUGUCAGAAAAAAUGCCAAGCACUAUUAUCGUAAAAUGCCACCGUGUAAAGGCGCGAAUAUUUACGCAGAAAUUUUAAAAGAGAAUUGAUAAAAAUGCCAGCUAAAAAUUGCACCGUGUAAAGGCAGUGAUAGUUAGCAAUGUUAUGCGAUUUAAACCGCUUAGGCAAUUUGCAAUUAAUUUAGAAAGUCUAUGGAAUAGAAUUUUGAAACCCAAUUUUUGGAUUUUGAAACCCAAAAUUUGGAUAUAUAUUUGGUAAAUAUGUUGUUAUGAUGUCAUAACAACAGAGGUAUUUUCACAGGGUUGCCAUAUUUUGACUCUAUCUUUUCCUGCUUUUAUUUUUUUGUAUUUGCUUUGUUCCUCAAUGGAGAAGCCUGCCGACGACUCAAGCCUGUUAAAAAGCGUUUUAUGUAUUCCCACCUUAAGUAAUGGAUAUUACAAUUUAAAUCCAAAUCCAGUGGGUUAACCCAUUUAUAUGUAAACGUACUGUAACAAUAUGUAAAACUUGAAUUUCCAAUUCAAAAAGACAUUUCCUUGGUCUUAUCUUAAAUGACGUUGAGAAAAUAAAAGUCUCAAGUAACGAACAUACUAAUCUCUGUGAAUGACAGUUAAUUUAAAUAGCAUGUAAAUCACGAAAUCGCUAUGGAAUAUAAUGCAAAAAAUUACACGACUAGAUGGUUUACGUAGAUGACAAAGUUAUUCGGAUUUUAAAUACAUUUGACGCAAUUUAUUAUACAUAGCACAUCAAUGACACAAUUUGAUUUCCUAUUCACACACUAUAAAUAAAAAUUAUUUUCACUCAUACAUUCCAA